UAACCGGAUGCAAAUUUCACACCAUUUUUCAACGGCAGGUUUUCAAAUGUGGUGUGGUACUAGUAUGAAGUAUCACAGGGGCUUUGCUUCUUUCAGAGUGACUAUCUCUACCAUUAGCAUGGUCGAGUUCCCAAAAUCCCUCUCUCCCAAGCGAGUUCUCAAGCUCCUUAAACUCGAGAAAACCGCUCACUCCGCACUCGCCCUCUUCGACUCAGCCACUCGCCACCCGGGUUAUACUCACUCGGCCCCCGUCUUCCACCACAUCCUUCGUCGGCUCGUGGACCGUUGCCUCGUCUCUCAGGUGGGUCGGGUCGUCGAGCUGAUCCGAACCCAGAAAUGCCAGUGCUCCGAAGAUGUUGCAUUGACUGUGAUCAAAGCCUACGCGAAGAACUCCAUGCCCGAUCAAGCUCUCGAUGUGUUUCAACGAAUGGACGAGAUUUUUGGUUGUACACCUGGGAUAAGGUCGUACAACUCGUUGCUCAAUGCUUUCAUUGAAUCCAACCAGUGGGACAGAGCUGAGUCGUUCUUGAAGUACUUUGAGAAGGUGGGUAUGUCUCCGAAUUUGCAAACUUAUAAUAUCUUGAUUAAGAUUUCGUGUAAGAAGAGGCAGUUUGAGAAGGCCAAAGGGUUGUUGGAUUGGAUGUGGGAAAAGGGUUUUGAGCCUGAUGUGUUUAGCUACGGUACUUUGCUGAAUGGGCAUGCAAAAGGUGGGAGUUUGUGUAUUGCGUUGGAAGUGUUCGAUGAAAUGCCUGUAAGAGGGGUGGAACCUGAUGUGAUGUGUUAUAACAUUUUGAUUGAUGGGUUUUUCAAGAGAGGUGAUUUUGUUAAGGCUAUGGAGAUUUGGGAGAGGUUAUUGAGGGCCUCUUCAGUGUAUCCUAAUGUUGUUACUUACAAUGUUAUGAUCAAUGGAUUGUGUAAAUGUGGGAAGUUUGAUGAGAGUUUAGAGAUAUGGAAUAGGAUGAAGAGAAAUGAGCGGCGGUGGGAUUUGUUUACUUGUAGUACUUUGAUACAUGGCUUGUGUGAGGCUGGUAAUGUUGAUGCAGCUGAGAGAGUUUAUAAUGAGAUGAUUGAGAGUGGGAUGUCUCCAGAUGUAGUUACGUAUAAUGCAAUGCUUAAUGGAUUUUGUCGAAAGGGGAAGGUUAAGGAGGGAUUUGAGCUGUGGGAGAUGAUGGGGAAGAAUGGUUGUCAUAAUGUUGUCAGUUACAACAUAUUUAUUAAGGGGUUGUUUGAUAAUGGGAAGGUUGAUGAAGCAAUGUCUAUUUGGGAACUCUUAAUGGAGAAGAGUAUUAAUGCAGAUUCCACCACUUAUGGAGUGUUAAUUCAUGGGUUGUGUAAGAAUGGAUACCUGAAUAAGGCUUUAUCAAAUCUGAAAGAGGCAGAAAAUAGUGGACCUCGUCUUGAUAUUUUUGCAUAUUCCUCAAUGAUUAAUGGGUUAUGCAAAGACGCGAGAUUAGAUGAAGCGGCCAAAGUAGUGGAUCAGAUGGUUAAGCAUGGCUGUAAAUUGAAUCCUCAUGUUUGCAAUGCAUUGCUUAAUGGGUUUAUCAGAGCUUCCAAACUUGAGAAUGCAAUUCAGUUUUUUGGGGAAAUGGGCACCAGGGGUUGCUCUCCAACAGUUGUCUCCUAUAAUAUUCUUAUAAAUGGUUUAUGCAAAUCUGAAAGGUUUAGUGAGGCAUAUUCUUUUGUGAGAGAAAUGUUAGAAAAGGGGUGGAAGCCAGACAUGAUCACGUAUAGCUUGUUGAUGGAUGGGCUUUUUCAAGGCAAGAAGACUGACAUGGCCCUCAACUUGUGGCAACACUUUCUGGACAAAGGUUUUAAGCCUGAUGUAACUAUGCACAACAUUAUAAUUCAUGGGCUUUGCUCUGUUGGCAAGGUAGAAGAUGCUUUGCAGCUCUAUUCAGAGAUGAAGCAGUGGAACUGUUUUCCAAAUCUUGUAACCCAUAAUACCCUCAUGGAGGGGCUCUACAAAGCCCAGGACUGUGAAAAGGCAUCAGAGAUCUGGGCUUGCAUCUUAGAAGAUGGGUUACGGCCAGAUAUUAUCUCUUAUAAUAUUACUCUUAAGGGGCUUUGCUCUUGUAGUAGGAUAUCAGAUGCUGUUGGGUACUUGAAACAUGCUUUGGAUCAUGGAAUUCUUCCAACUGCCAUAACAUGGGACAUUCUUGUAAGAGCGGUGAUUAAUAAUGGGGCUUCGACUGUGAAAUCUUUGGGUUUACAAUUGUAAGCACGUUUUAGCUCAUACCAGCACAUUCACCUGCUACUUCUGGAGUACAUCUGUAUGGCAAGAAAAGCUAAUUAAUGAUCAUAAUAUUUUUUCGGCUUCUGCCUGGAAUCUAUGUUUCAACCUCACAUUGUGUCAACAAAAGUUGCUGCAACCACUCUUCAAGCUGGUCGUUACAGAUGCUGAUAUCUCUACUGAUAAUCCUGGGUUCAAGUGCUGGUAUCUGGCAUCCAUUCUAAAGAACUACAGAUGCACACAUUGAGAGAUUGUGCAGUUCUCUGGAGUAAUGGAUUAUACACAGAAUGAGACUCUAUUUCACCAAGUUGCUAGUGGUGAGCUCUUCAAAACCUAGUUCACAAAGUUGGCUCCCCAGUAUCCAGUUGCUAUUGCCCAUUGGUUUAAUUCUGGGUCAACAUAGAUCUUGUUAUGGGAUAUUUCAGUGCCAAAAAAUCCUGCCUAUAUUAGAUGAGAAAUUGCAUACUAUAUAUUGGACCUUGGAGAUACGUAGCCAAAAGCUUAAAGCUUUUUCUUGCUGGUUUGUUCAUCUGUUCUCACAGAAAAUCUUCCAUAUUUUUUUAUAUGUUUUAUCAAGAAGUGUCAAGAAAAGAGAACAUUUAAAAACAGAUGAAUUGCGAAAGCAAAGCCACUUAAAUUGCUCCAAGAGCUGCAACCUUUUACCAUUCAGAUGAAGAAGAUGGGAAAGAAGCAGCAAUGUCAAUGGUUGUUAGGCCUAUUUUUUCGCUGAAUGAUUAUAAGGCCUAUUAAUGCAAGGUAAAUGUUCCUCAUUAUUCAUCCAUCAUUCUCUUUAGUAAGCUCUUUUUUCUUCUCCGUUUCCUCCUUGGCUUUCGCUUUUUCUGCCAGGUAUCCUCAGCCUCAGGUUCUUGAAGAAAAGCCCUUCAUUCUGAUCUUUCUCGAUCUGACCUUUGAACACUGCUAAUAUGUUUUGGAAAAUUUUGUUUGAUUUUAAAGCAUUCUAUAUCCAAAUUAGUUUAGUUGGAGUUUUUAGCUAGAGGUCAGAAAGAGACAAAUAAAAUAAUGUAGAGAACAUGUCUCUUGGUAAUUAAAUUAGAGCAAAAGCUUCUUUUUA